AUGGAUGUAGUCAUCACGGAGCAACAAGACGGUACGAAAUGGUUUUACUCUCUCCACUGCGAGAUGAACAGAUCUGUUGCGCAGGAGUGUAACAUGAUCAAUAGACCGGCUAAUGGACCGUCGACAAUUGGACUCAAGACGUAUAAGGGGGAGUCGGACUUGAGAGAGAUUUAUGGACCUACGUUUGAGUAUGGGAGAGUUACACUUACUGCUGGGUUGGAGAAGCUAAAGACGACGAAUGAAGCUGAGGCUACUGAGUCCGUGUCUAAGGAGACUGGUAGUUCUAAAGCUAGUGCUGAUGCACCAGCGGAGUCGAACGGCGGUUUUAGGGACCUGAAGCUUUCUUUUGCUGCUAUAUGCGCCGGACUGUUUGCUGCAAUGGCAUUGUAG